CAGAAUCCUUGUUUGUUUCAGAAAUGAAUUAUUUAGAGCAUUAUUUUCUUCCAUUUGAUUUGUGCAAAGCUAAUGAAAUUGCAGAUGAGUCUCUGUGGAAUUUUGACUCUUUGAUAACAGAGUUUAUGAAAGAACAAAGAAUUCCAGGAGGAGCCAUAGCAUUAUCCUAUAAUGGCAGACUUAUUCACAAACAAGGUUAUGGCAGUACGGGGAAUGGUUCAAGAUGUCUUUCAACAUCCUACUUCCGGAUGGCCAGCAUUUCUAAGACUAUCACAGCCAUGGCUAUAAUGCAGUUAGUGGAACAAAAUAAAUUGCAGCUGAAAGAUGAAGUAUUUAGCAGAAAAGGAAAAGGAAUACUUCCAAAUUUUGUCCCGGAUGGACCCAGUGUCAAAAGCCUGGAGAGGAUUUCAGUGCGGCAUCUCUUAGAACACUCUGGGGGCUGGGAUCGUGAGACAGGGGUGGAUCCAGUGUAUCUGCCCCCUCAGACUGUCUGCCCCAAGGAAUAUAAAGAAUCAACCACACCUGAGGCUCUCUACACCAACUACCAUACAAAUCUCAUCCAGUACAUGAUUAAACAAGCUCUGGAUUUUAAGCCUGGGACUCGGCAUGGCUACUCUAAUUUUGGUUACUUGGUGCUUGGGCAAGUUCUAGAGAAACUCACAGGGAUCCCCUUUCCUGUUUAUAUACAUGAUGUCAUCAAUCAGGCAGAUGACUUCUGGGUCUAUGAGGGAGAUGAGCUGCAAAGACUAGAUCCAAAUGAAGUCACAUAUUUUGAAAACAGUGAUAGGUUACAUCCUAGUAUUAUGCCACAUCACGGUGAGAUACGGAGCAUGCAAUAUGGGGGAUACCACAUGAAGGGGACUGGUUCUUAUGGAGGGCUGGUGGCAUCUCCCUUACAACUUCUCAACCUCCUAUCAACUCUAGACUUGGAGCACUGUAAAGGAAACAGAAUUUUAUCAAAAGCAUCCAUUUCACAAAUGCUGGCUUGUCCAAAGUUUGAAAAAGGAAGUGAAUGGUAUGGACUAGGGUUAGAUGUGGAAGACAAAGGUCAAAGCUGGGGUCACACAGGUUACAUGGAUGGAACCACAACAACCUUCCGAAGAGACAAAAGUGGAUACUCCUGGGUUUUACUGUUCAAUGCUGGAGCUACAGAUCAGGACUUAGACGGGCUAGUCAGAUUUGCUCUGUCCUCUUGUCAAUGUAAUAGGCUAUCUUCUGGUCUGAAUGUCUCAAAUGUUAAUGUUAAAAAGCAACAAAUCUCAUGUGCAGAUAAAGCUCAGAUAUAUCAUAUUCUCAUCCCACUUGAAGAAAUAGGAGAUUAUGUCUGUUCUCUAAAGUCAAAAGGAUAUUACAUGCAAGAUAUUGAUUUAGUUGUGUAUGAAAAUGCAUUUUAUGUAAAUAUGACUUGGAACCAUAAUGUAGACAAUAUUGACUGGUUUUAUAAGAUUUACCAUGAUGUGUCUGUGAAUGACUCAGAAACAGAGCAUGAUAUGAAUAAUCAGAUUAAUAGUGGUUUUAGGAUCCACACAUUAUCCAUAUGCACUGAUUCAAAAUACCAAACUGAUAUUUAUACAGCUGUUAUUUACAUGAAACAAAGAUCAAAACAGACUAUUCAACACCUCACACACCUGAGGGAAAUUUCAUCAGAAUCACCUUGUGUAAAUAAUAACGUAGUUAUCUAUUGUGUUUGUUACUUUUGGAAAAGGUUGUAUGUUUCAACAGUUUUUGAGGUGAUUAGAUCCAUAGAAUAUUCUGCUUUGAAAGCAGUCGAUGAUAUCAAGACCUCAUCACAUUUUAUAACAGAAAAGCAUAAUAAGAAUUUGACCGAUACAGUGUUAAGUGGGCUGUCUGUUACCUGUGGUUCCUUAUAUGAGAAUGAUCACGGAAGUCCAGUAUCUGACCAGUAUCUGAAGGAGUCUCCUUUUGUCAGUUACAGCACUGCUGCUACAUGUACUAGUAACGGUAAAUUGUAUAGUAAAGAGGAGGAUGCCAAGGGAGAGAAGCCAUUCAAUAUUGCAAAGACUAACAUGACAGAGGAUGAAUUUCUGGAUGAACUGCGCAAUCAAGCUCUCUCUCAUUAUGGAUUGAUUUACCUCCAAAUCUAUAAACUACCCAGUAGGAAAGACAUUUCUCUAAGUGCAGUAUGGUCAAAUUUCAAAGUUCAUGAGUGUUAUCAGAGACUUGGAGCAUCCAGGUUCAGUUUUAUGAAUGAGUUGUUGGAGAAUUCAGGGAAGAUAACUCCACUAGAGACCAUCAGAGCUUAUGAGGAGGAUGGAGUACUGUUGUUUGCAGGUAUUUGGAAGGCUGGAAAAUUCAGAUCAAAGAGGCCUAAAUCAAGAAUAUCCAGUAAGACUCAAAAUCUGAAAAGAAAACGAAAAAGAACAAAGAUGAUUGAUAAUGUCAAUUAAUACAGUAACCUAAAUAUACAUAUGAAUAUAUGAUUCAUUUAAGUGUUACAUCCCUCUCAAGAAUAAAAAUGAAUACAGAAACUUUUUGUAUUUCUUUGGUUUAU